GACGGCCUCACCUACAACGACUUCUUGAUCCUCCCGGGAUUCAUAGACUUCAUAGCCGAUGAGGUGGACCUGAUGUCAGCCUUGACCCGAAAGAUCACGCUGAAGACACCGCUGAUCUCCUCUCCCAUGGACACUGUGACAGAAGCUGACAUGGCCAUCGCAAUGGCUCUGAUGGGAGGAAUUGGUUUCAUUCAUCACAACUGUACCCCAGAGUUCCAGGCCAAUGAAGUACGGAAGGUCAAGAAGUUUGAGCAGGGCUUCAUCACAGACCCUGUGGUGCUGAGCCCCUCGCACACUGUGGGCGAUGUGCUGGAGGCCAAGAUGCGGCACGGCUUCUCUGGCAUCCCCAUCACAGAGACGGGCACUAUGGGCAGCAAGCUGGUGGGCAUUGUCACUUCCCGAGACAUUGACUUCCUUGCUGAGAAGGACCAUACCACACUCCUCAGUGAGGUGAUGACGCCCCGGAUGGAACUGGUGGUGGCUCCUGCAGGUGUGACGUUGAAAGAGGCAAACGAGAUCUUACAGCGCAGCAAGAAAGGGAAGCUGCCAAUUGUCAAUGACUGCGACGAGUUGGUGGCCAUCAUUGCCCGCACAGACCUAAAGAAGAACCGAGACUACCCUCUGGCCUCCAAGGACUCCCAUAAGCAGCUGCUGUGCGGGGCAGCCGUGGGCACCCGCGAGGAUGACAAAUACCGCCUGGACCUGCUCACCCAGGCGGGCGCCGAUGUCAUCGUACUGGACUCUUCCCAGGGGAACUCAGUGUAUCAGAUCGCCAUGGUGCACUAUAUCAAGCAGAAGUAUCCCCACCUCCAGGUGAUUGGGGGGAAUGUAGUGACAGCAGCCCAGGCCAAGAACCUCAUUGACGCCGGUGUAGACGGGCUGCGUGUGGGCAUGGGCUGUGGCUCCAUCUGCAUCACCCAAGAAGUGAUGGCCUGUGGCCGGCCCCAGGGCACUGCUGUGUACAGGGUGGCUGAGUAUGCCCGGCGCUUCGGUGUACCGGUCAUAGCCGAUGGUGGCAUCCAGACCGUCGGGCACGUGGUCAAAGCACUGGCCCUUGGAGCCUCCACAGUGAUGAUGGGCUCCCUGCUGGCGGCCACCACAGAGGCCCCUGGUGAGUACUUCUUCUCGGAUGGGGUGAGGCUCAAGAAGUACCGUGGCAUGGGCUCGUUGGAUGCCAUGGAGAAAUGCAGCAGCAGCCAGAAACGAUACUUCAGUGAGGGGGACAAGGUGAAGAUCGCGCAGGGUGUCUCAGGCUCCAUCCAGGACAAAGGCUCGAUUCAGAAGUUCGUGCCCUACCUCAUAGCCGGGAUCCAACAUGGCUGCCAGGACAUCGGGGCCCGGAGCCUGUCUGUCCUUCGGUCCAUGAUGUACUCAGGAGAGCUGAAGUUCGAGAAGAGGACCAUGUCGGCCCAGAUCGAGGGUGGUGUGCACAGCCUGCACUCUUUCGAGAAGCGGCUGUACUGAGGAUGGCGGUGGAGGCCGUGGUGGUGGAGGGGGCACACCCCAGAACCCCACUUUGGGCACAGCCUCCCUCCAUGACUGAGUGGUCCAUGGAUUUGCACUACGGGUUCCCCGGCUCCUUUGCAGGGAGAGAGGAGGGGAGGCCCUGAGGGGACUGCAGCCCCUCCCUGGGGACCCCUCACAAGUUAGAACUGCCCUGGGCAGCCUCCCGGGUUCUCCCUUCUUCAGCCCCCUGAGCCCAGCCAGCCCGGGCUCACAGGCCCUGUGCCUGCCUCAGGUCUCUCUCUUGCUGCAGCCUGCUCUGCCCGGCUCCCUCCCCUGGGGCAGGUGGUCCCUCUUGGCUUCUCCUAUAGGGCACCUCCCUCCCUGCCACCCUCCCCUAGGAAAUGGUGCUCUCCUGGCCUUGCCUCUGGCCCCUUCCUGGGCUGCUGCCCUCUUAGCCAUGUGGCACUCGGGCUCCAGACCUAGGCCGUAGGGGAGGUCUCUGCCCCCUUCCCCUGGCCUGAGGAAGUGGCUGCCCGCCUCUCAUUCCUGCCUCACCACUGUCCCCAGGUGUACCAGUCCGCCCUCUCCUCUCAGCUGCAGUUGAAGGCUUUAACUUUGCACACUUUGGGGUCACAGAUGUGUCAUUGUACAUUCAAUGGUCUGAAUAAAUCAAGCGGGUCUCAA